GAAAGAUCUAUGUUGCGCCCAUACGAAGCGAUCGACAGGUGAGGUCGGAUUUCGCACAAUGACGGAAUCGAUGACAGCGUUGGCGAGAUGAAACCAAUUUGCACACUGAGCGGUCGAUAGGAAGCUAGCAUGUCAAUUCGCAGUCUCGAUAUCUUGGAGCGAGUUGAUUCAGGUACUGCGAAAUAUUAUGGCUGAAAGUGUUCAAUGCUGGCUCGUUACGCAGGGUGGCUCGUAACGCCGGGAGGGACGUUACAAGCCUUGGAAAUCACAAUUGACACGCUGACAAGCAUCGAAAACAAGCGAAGACAUGUGUGGUACUUUCGCCGAGUGCAGAUUAUGCUCCUCGGACAUGAUAUUGCAUGGAGCACUUUCGUAAAGCGCAAACCGCUCAUUUCGUACAUACAUAGAUCUAUGACGGCAUGUGGAGUGGAAUGCGCCUGCGUCGCCGCGAAUUUCCUACUUGAUGGUGUGACCUGGGUAUACGGGAACUUCCACCUUCCGAGCAGUACUUCGUCGACGACCGACAUGCAAGUCAUGGUUCAUAUCGAUCAUUUUCAACCGACCAGACGGCCCUGUAGUCAGACCUAACGCCACGCCAAGCCCAUGCAAAAUUGUACUGUAGAAAGAAUGCAGAUAGAUCGUCUACU